AUGCUCGCCAGUUGCUUUUCCGUAGUGGCACUCGUUACGGCGUCCAUCAUUCUCGCCGGUUUUGGAGUACCGCACAGGCAAGUCUUUAAUCUUAGAAGCCCCAUCGGAGGUUCAGUUAGAUAUACUAACCCGGCAGAUCCGCAGCGGAGAGUCACCGACGAGCUCUUAGGAGCAUCUUGUGAAAAGUUAGGAGCAGCUAGCGGAAAGCUGCAAGGAAUUAAAGUCCUCACCGAUGCAGAAAGACUCAGUAUUGUGGAGACUCGCCUUGCGCAAAUUGGCAGGAGCAUCAAAGGAGUUGAGGGAUGGAUAAAGCACACCAUAACUUUAGGUGUGGGAACAGUUACCCUUGGGUUGGGAACGUUAGCUCUCAAAGUUAUGUAUUACGACGUCGAAGCAAACAAGGAAAUGCGUUUACACAUUGAGAAAGUCGUCAACGCAGCAUGUGAAAAAUCGAAUCUCGAGAUGGAACUCUCUACUAAGCGCCAUAUUGACAAUGCGGGAGAAAAAACAAGGCUCGAAAUGGAGAACGUCAGGCUUGCUAUGGAACUCUCUACUAAGCGCCAUAUUGACAAUGCGGGAGAAAAAACGAGGCUCGAAAUAGAGAACAUCAGGCUUGCUAUGGAACUCUCUAUUAAGCGCCAUAUUGACGAUGCUUUCAAUGGAAUUAGCGCGGUGAUUAGAGGUGAAGCUCACAAUCAUAUAAGGAUUAGAGAUGGUCAGAAAGAGAAGUGA